UCACCGACUGCCGAUGCUGACGUAGCACACGCACAUUCGAACGCGCACACACAUUCGCGCGCCUUCGCGAGGAUGUUCCAGUGGCACGUCGCGCGCGAUUAUUAUUCGUAGUGACACGGUGUUAUGCGAUCUUGGUAGCAGCCAAAAGGAACGAGUCAUUUUCAACAAAUUUCCCUUUUUCGACUCAUUAAAAAAAGAUGCCAUCGCGAACGGAAGCAGUCCCGAAGCUGGAGACACCGUCCAACGGAAUUAAUGCCGUUCUAUUGGGACCACCUGGUAGCGGCAAGGGCACUCAGGCGGUGUUAUUCAAAGACAGAUAUUGUGUGUGUCACCUGUCUACGGGUGAUAUGUUAAGGGCUGAAGUCAGUUCUGGUACGACUCUGGGAACUCAAAUAAAAAAAGUAAUGGACGAGGGUAAAUUAGUCAGCGAUGACUUGGUGGUUAGCAUGAUUGAAAACAAUCUGGAGAAACCAGAGUGCAAGCGUGGUUUCUUGUUGGAUGGAUUUCCCAGAAGUGUACCUCAAGCAGAAAAGCUCGAUGAAAUGCUGAAUAAAAGGAAAAUGCAGCUUGACGCUGUAGUUGAGUUUGGUAUCGAUGACAAGUUAUUGAUCAGUAGAAUUUCAGGCAGAUUAAUACAUCCAGCUAGUGGUAGAUCUUAUCAUGAGAUAUCUGCCCCUCCCAAAGUCCCGAUGAAAGAUGAUAUUACUGGAGAACCUUUGAUCAAGAGAUCUGAUGAUAAUGAGGAGGCUCUAAAAAAACGAUUGGCGACAUAUCACACGCAAACUUUACCACUUGUUGAUUAUUAUGCUCUGCAAGGAGUUCAUUAUUACAUUAAUGCUGCCCAAUCUGCCGAAAAAGUCUUCAAAGAUAUCGACCAAAUUUUCCUGAGAUCCUCUAACAAUAAGAAGAAGGGAUUCUUCAGUAGAUUCUUUUAGAACACGGCCAAACGAAAUAGUUUUCUAAAACUAAUAAAUUUUUUCUUUUUUAUAGGAUUCUAUAUUUUUAGAAUUUUAUUUUUCUUGAAAGUAAGUUACAGCGAUAAUCGUAAAUGCAUUCAUACAAAAUAGUAAUGUUGCAAAGAUAAUGAUUUGUGUGUAACUCUUGUUUUAAAACUGAGAGCCAUCUGUAUCUCAAAAUAAUCUUAGUAACAUGUAACAGUUGCAUUUACAAGGAUCACUGUAAACAAUAUAUUUCGUAGCAAUAUCAGAGACAUGUAAUAGUGUGUUAUAGGCACUAUAAUUUUCUAGAAAGGUAUAAUAAGUUAUGACUGCAGAUAAAGUGCACACAGUUUAUCAAUGCUCUAAAAAUAGGUGUAAAGUAUAUAUGUAACACCAAUAACUUUGGUAGAGGAAAAGAUAUAUUUGUAUAUAGCUGCUAAAAAUACUUUGCUUCAUUGUUACAAAACAUUAUAUUUUUGUGUGAUGUUUACAUCAUACUAAAGCACAUUUAUUGAAAAAAUUUUUUACAUACCACCAUUUAGUUUUUUCUACCAUGGGACUUUAUCAGAUUAAAACAAGUAAAAUAUCAGUAAAAAUAAGUAGAGAAAACAGAGAUUGUUCCAAUUCCAUGUACGCACAUUUUUAAUUCUGCAAUUAUAUCAUUUUUAACGUUACAUACGACCGUCUGAGUUUGAAUUGAAAUUGAAUGAAUAUAAAUAUUGAAAAAUGCGAAGUUUUUUUUAAAUUAAUUAUAUAAUUCUGAAAAGUUUGACAUUUGACAUUAAAUACAGAAUACUUGUGAUUAUAUGUUUAACAUUUUUUUUUUAUUGUAACAGAAACUAUCGAGAGAAAACAAUAAUAACUGUAUAAAUACACAAAACACUGCAUUGCUAUACAUCAUUUUUGAAGACAUAAUUUUAUAAAAGUACGAAAGAUGCAGAUCAGAAACUAUUUUACAUAAAAAAAGCAAAAAAGAUACAUAUAUUCUGAUACAACAAUAUACCAUGUAUGUAUGCAACUCUUAAAACACUAAUAUUUUCCAAAGAAAAACGAAUGUAAAUUUAGAUAAAAAUAAACUACUUAUGAAAUCGUA